UCCUCCUCAGAUUAAUAAGCAUGAGAAGAGAGAUAAGCUUAGCUAUCAACAAUAAUCAAUUAUUAAUCAUAAACGUGUGAAUGAGGAUUGUAAAUUCAAGUACAUCUCUACUCACUAUUCGUGGCGAGCUCUACCGGCCCCGGCGCUAUUCAACCAGUUGUUCCAAGAACCUCACAACCUUGUUCAACAAAUACGUAGAUAAAACCAGCGUCUCCUCAUGGAACUCGGUCAUCGCCGAGUUGGCUCGGGGCGGCGACUCCGUAGAAGCCCUCCGAGCCUUCGCCUCCAUGCAAAAGCUCUCUCUCAAGCCGGACCGUUCCACCUUCCCUUGCGCCAUCAAAUCCUGCUCCGCUCUCUCCGAUCUCCAUUCGGGCAAACAAGCCCACCAACAAGCUUUGGUCUUCGGCUUUGAAUUGGACCUCUUUGUAUCCUCUGCUCUCAUUGACAUGUACUCUAAGUGUGGCCAAUUGCAGGACGCAAGGACACUGUUCGAUGAAAUUCCGCACAGAAAUGUCGUUUCUUGGACUUCAAUGAUCACUGGGUAUGUCCAAAAUGACAAUGCCGCCGGAGCUUUAUUACUUUUCAAAAAGUUCUUGAUCGAACAGAGUGGUUUUGAGGGAGUAAAAGAAGUGUGCAUAGAUUCAGUAGCUAUGGUUUCAGUUCUAUCAGCAUGUUCUCGUGUUUCAGGGAAGAGCGUUACUGAAGGGGUUCAUGGGUUUGUGAUAAAGAGGGGCUUUGAGGACAAUUUGGUUGUUGGGAAUACUUUGAUGGAUGCGUAUGCCAAGUGCGGUGACGUAGGGGUGUCUAGAAAGGUGUUUGAUCGGAUGAUUGCAAGGGAUGAUGUGUCCUGGAAUUCGAUGAUUGCAGUAUAUGCGCAGAACGGGUUGUCAGCAGAGGCACUGCAAAUUUUUCAUGACAUGGUAUGGGAUGGAGAUGUCAGCUAUAAUGCCGUAACUUUGUCUGCUAUUUUGUUAGCCUGUGCACAUUCGGGGGCUCUUCAAGUGGGCAAGUGUAUACAUGAUCAGGUGAUAAAGAUGGGCUUGGAAGAGGAUGUUUUCGUGGGAACUUCAAUCGUCGACAUGUAUUGCAAAUGUGGGAGAGUACAGAUGGCCAGGAGAGUUUUUGACCGCAUGAAGGAGAAGAAUGUGAAAUCUUGGACAGCUUUGGUUGCUGGUUAUGGCAUGCACGGCUGUGUGAGGGAAGCUUUGGAAGUCUUCAAUGAGAUGAUAAGGACGAGGGUCAAACCUAAUUAUAUAACUUUUGUGUCAGUUCUAGCAUCUUGUAGCCAUGCUGGUCUAGUGGAUGAAGGCUGGCAUUGGUUUAGAACCAUGGAGAACAAAUUUCGUAUAGAACCGGGAUUGGAACAUUAUGGGUGCAUGGUCGAUCUACUUGGCCGUGCUGGUUUUCUUAAGGAGGCUUAUGAUUUGAUCAAUGAAAUGAAGGUCAGACCUGAUUUUGUGGUUUGGGGCUCUCUUCUUGCAGCAUGUAGGAUUCACAAGAACGUGGAGCUUGCAGAGAUUUCCGCAAGGAAAUUGUUUCAAUUGGACGCAAGUAAUUGUGGGUACUAUGUCUUGCUUGCAAAUGUAUAUGCUGAUGCUGGAAGGUGGAAAGACGUAGAAAGGAUGAGAAUAUUGAUGAAGAAUCAUGGACUGGUUAAACCACCUGGUUUCAGUUUGGUUGAAGUUAAAGGUAGGAUUCAUGUGUUUUUGGUUGGCGAUAAAGAGCAUCCUCAACAUGAGAAGAUAUACGAAUACUGGGAAAAAUUAACUCUGAAGCUGCAAGAAGUCGGGUAUGUACCCAAUAUGACCUCAGUUCUCCAUGACGUGGACGAGGAAGAGAAGGAAAUGACGCUAAGAGUUCACAGUGAAAAGUUGGCAGUAGCCUUUGGACUAAUGAGUACAGUUCCUGGCACCACAGUCCAGGUCAUUAAGAAUCUUAGGGUUUGUGGUGACUGCCAUACUGCUAUUAAGUUGAUUUCAAAAAUUGUUAAUCGGGAAAUAGUAGUCAGAGAUUCAAAGCGGUUUCACCAUUUUAGGCUUGGGCUAUGUUCAUGUGGGGAUUAUUGGUGAUAUUUGAACAAGAAAGGGGAACUUAAGCUAAUGUUAACUGCCACCAAGUGAUCAUUUUUGACCUCUUCACCAGACUUGUUGAGGGAGAACUGUUUUUAAGCCUAUUUUGCGUCCAUGAUCAGAUGCCGGUAUAUUUGUCCCUGAAGGUUUCAAGUCAAUUUUGUUAGGUAUAGAAGAAUCAGCAGCAAUUCAGUUCCUCAAUCUAGCAGCAACCAUUGGGGAAGCAUUGGCAUUUCCUUUAAUAAUUCUGGAUAGAAGUUGGACUUUUGGAUUGGCUACAUUGUGUUUUGGGGAUUUGAGGAUGACAAUGAAGCAUAGAGAAGAGGGUUUGAUCUGCAGAUCACCAAUCACCUAACUACUUGAAUAAAAUGUUUGGCUUGACCCUGGAGUAAAUUAUGAAACCCAAAACUCCCAAGCAGAAUACGAUUUGAGGACUUGUCAAAAGUCCUAGCGCGAGGGAGAACAUCAUGAGCAAGGUGAAAAAACUCUGAAGUCUGAUGAAGUCCGUGCAGGCUCAACACCUGAGAUGCUUCUCGCUUCAUGUAGAAGUUUAAAGGAAGAAAAGCAAUAUCAUUGAUAAUAUAUCCUUCUCCAAUCAAUAGAUUGUAAAUCAUUGGGAACUUGUCUGUCCUUGCCAUUUUUUCCUGUUGCUGCAAAUUCUCCUUCAUGUUAUAAAAUUCUGUUACUGUUAUCA